GCGGGUCCGCCGAGGCAAGAUGGUGGACUAUAGUGUGUGGGACCACAUCGAGGUGUCGGACGAUGAGGACGAGACGCACCCCAACAUCGACACGGCCAGCCUCUUCCGCUGGCGGCACCAGGCCCGCGUGGAGCGCAUGGAGCAGUUCCAGAAGGAGAAGGAGGAGCUGGACAGGGGCUGCCGCGAGUGCAAGCGCAAGGUGGCCGAGUGCCAGCGGAAGCUGAAAGAGCUGGAGGUGGCCGAGGGCGCCAAGGCGGAGCUGGAGCGGCUGCAGGCCGAGGCCCAGCAGCUGCGCAAGGAGGAGCGGAGCUGGGAGCAGAAGCUGGAGGAGAUGCGCAAGAAGGAGAAGAGCAUGCCCUGGAACGUGGACACGCUCAGCAAGGACGGCUUCAGCAAGAGCAUGGUCAAUACCAAGCCCGAGAAGGCGGAGGAGGACUCGGAGGAGGUGAGGGAGCAGAAACACAAAACCUUCGUGGAGAAGUACGAGAAACAGAUCAAGCACUUCGGCAUGCUGCGGCGCUGGGAUGACAGCCAGAAGUACCUGUCGGACAACGUCCACCUGGUGUGCGAGGAGACGGCCAACUACCUGGUCAUCUGGUGCAUUGAUCUGGAGGUGGAGGAGAAAUGCGCGCUCAUGGAGCAGGUGGCCCAUCAGACCAUAGUCAUGCAGUUCAUCCUGGAGCUGGCCAAGAGCCUGAAGGUGGACCCGCGCGCCUGCUUCCGGCAGUUCUUCACGAAGAUUAAGACCGCCGACCGCCAGUACAUGGAAGGCUUCAAUGACGAGCUGGAGGCCUUCAAGGAGCGCGUGCGCGGCCGGGCCAAGCUGCGCAUCGAGAAGGCCAUGAAGGAGUACGAGGAGGAGGAGCGCAAGAAGCGGCUCGGCCCCGGCGGCCUGGACCCCGUGGAGGUCUACGAGUCCCUCCCAGAGGAACUGCAGAAGUGCUUCGACGUGAAGGACGUGCAGAUGCUCCAAGACGCCAUUAGCAAGAUGGACCCCACCGAUGCCAAGUACCACAUGCAGCGCUGCAUCGACUCCGGCCUCUGGGUCCCCAACUCCAAGUCCAGUGAGGCCAAGGAGGGGGAGGAGGCGGGCCCCGGGGACCCUUUGCUGGAAGCCGUCCCCAAGCCGGGCGACGAGAAGGAUGGCAGCGCGUGACGCUCCCCGGCCACCACCACCAGCGCCGCCUGCCUGCAGGCUCCUGUGCGCCCCUUUCCAGAAAACAGAAAUAGACACCGUGUCCCCAGCUCCAGGCUUCCUCCACUUUCACCGCUCCCCCAGCGCGGGGGGCCUGCCCUGUCCCCCCCACUGCCCUCGCCCCCCAGCGCUCAUUCAAGUUUCCGCUUUGAGUCGAGGGGCUUCACUGCCUGUCGCCCCCGUCAGCGUUAUGCCAAAGGCCCCGGGGGCCCGGGGAGGGGCAGAGGCUGCCAGGCUGGUCCACCAGGUGGAGGGGUCCCAGGCCGAGGGGCUGCCCUGUCACCACCAUGGGCUCCGAUGUCACUGUUGGUUUGCUGCUGAGCCUUCUGUCUGGCAAACAGCCACGAUCUUCAAUAAAGGAUUUCAGAUGCUC